AUGAACCAAGUAUCGCUUCAAUCGGAGCACGAACAAUCUCUAACAGUGCUGCUGGAGCUGGAAGUCCUGCUCCUGGAGGUACUGCUGCUUGAGGUGCUGCGGUUGGAGCUGCUGGAGCUGCUCGUCAUGGAGGCGCUGCGGGUGCUGGUGUUUCUGGGUCUGGAAGUGCUCGUACUAGAGGUACUGGAGUGGCCAGGACUGGUGGUACUGCUGGCGCUGGAGGAGUUGGUACUGCUGGCGCUGAGGGUCUUGGAGGUGCUCGUACCGGAGGUACUCAAGCUGCCAGAGUCCGUGGUGCUGGAGGCACCGGAGCUGGACAUCCGCGCGUUGGAGUUCGAGACCUUGGAGCUGGAGGUGCUGGCCCUCGAGCAGUCACCUCUCUCACCGCAGCAGCUGCGCGAGUGGCUUGCUUCGCGCACCCCCCUUCGAAGUCGCGCUGCUGGAGCUGGAGGCACUACUGCUGGAGGUGCCGGAGCUGGAGGCACUAGAGCUGGAGGUGCUCGAGCUGAAGACCCUGGAGCUGGAGGUGCCGGUUCUGGGGGUGCUGCAGCUGGAGGCACUGGAGCUGGGGGCCCUGGGGUUGAAACUGUCGACCCUGGAAUUGGAGACCCUGGAGCUGGAGCUGCCGGUUUUGGGGAUGCUGCUGCUGGAGGCACUGAAGCUGGAGGCCCUGGAGCUGGUGCUGUCGACCCUGGAGUUGGAGACCCUGGGGCAGAGGGUGCUGUUGCUGGAGGCGCUGGAGCUGGAGGCCCUGGAGCUGGUACUGUCGACCCUAGAGUAGGAGACCUUAAAGCUGGAGGUUCCUGUUCUGGGGGUGCUGCUGCUAGAGGCCCUGGAGCUGGAGGUGACGGAGCUAGAGGUUCUGGAGAUGCUGGAGGCGCUGGAGCUGCUGGUGCUUGUACUGGAGGAGCUGGUGCUGGUGGUACUGCACAGCCGCGACUGUUCUUUGCUCCGUCAUCCCCGUCGACUCUGCCACCGCCUGACUCCGUGCUUCGCCCGCUUGUUGACUUUGCUGCUGCUUGUCGUCUUGACUACGCCGCUAGUCUUGUUGCUGAGUCUGCGUCUGCCUGUCCUCCGUCCGUCGGGGGUGAGUGUGCCCUUAGCACGGUCGUCCUUGAGGACAGGAAGGAGGACUUUGAGUGUUUUGCAGCUGCUGUACCUCAUCUCGUGUCCAUGCUGAUUGCACCUGAGGGAGACCCGGAUGCACCGGACCUCCCCCUCCCGCGCUCUUACGCAAAGGCGAUUGAGGGUCCCUACUCCUCUCAAUGGCAGCCAGCCAUGGACGCAGAGAUGGCAUCCUGGAAGUCCACAAGCACUUACGCGCCUCGCGAGUGGCACGACACAUUGAGGACGACGCUUGUGGCUCUUGGGUUUGCUCCUUUGACUGCUGACCCGUCGCUGUUUCUGCGCACCGACACUUCGCUGCCGCCGUUCUACAUCCUCGUGUACGUCGACGACUUGGUUUUUGCCACUGCUGACACUAAGAGACUCGCCCACUUGAAGUCGGAGCUGCAGAAGAGACACACGUGCACAGACGUGGGAGAGCUGCGCAGUUAUCUUGGCUUGCAGAUCACACAGGACUGA